CAAAGCACUUGCUUAGAACCACGUGUCGGAGACUUUCGUGAAACAGUCACAAUCAUGUGUUGGUCUAGUACCUUACGCGUGAUACCACGCGUUUAGACCGAUAGCUAAAAGCCAGAGAGGAUUAGACAUAAGUGGCUAGAUUAACAUUAAGAAACUUUCUCAUUUACUCUCUUUAAGCUCUUGAAAGAUCUCAAAUUCUCGAAGAGGGCCAAAGACUCUAGAAACAGAAAACAGUAUCAGUAGCAAGAAGAAUGGGUCUUUCUCAUUACCCAACAGCGUCUGAAGGAGUAGUGCCAAUGCUGGUGAUGAACACAGUUGUUUCAGUGUCUGUCUUUAAGAACAUGGUAAGAUCUGUUCUUAACAUGGUGAGCUCUGAGACCAAUGAGGCAAAGAACAAAGAGGACGACCAAGCUCAUGAGGAUUCAAAAAGAAGAAGAAGAAUCUCUGUAACACACUUUGGAUCUGCUGAGAACAGAGGAAGCAAGCACGAGAGAGAAGCUAUGGAGUGUUGUGUGUGUCUGUGUGGGUUUAAAGAGGAGGAAGAGGUGAGUGAGUUAGUGUCCUGCAAGCAUUACUUUCACACUGCUUGCCUAGAUAAAUGGUUUAGUAAUGACCACACCACUUGUCCUCUCUGCAGAUCCAUUCUUUAGUUAAGAAUCAUACUCUACUUUCCUUUGAUGGCUUUUCACCAUUUUUUUAAUGUUUUCUAGUUUCUAUUUUGGGAAACUCGUAUUCUGUUGUGUCCACUUUCUGGGUUUUGGAACUCGUAUUUUAAACUAAUAAAAGUGCUUUGAAUAUA